AACUUGGCCAAACCAGAAACGAGGUUAGAUCAUGCAUUAGAAAUCAAUUUGAAUUUACUACUAUAUUUGUUCUAUCCACCAACCAUUUUUUCAAUCUUUCAAGUUAACUGUCUUGUGAUGAACUGGGGCUUGUCUCGGUCACCACCCCUUUGCUUGGCAAUUAGGACUACUGGGUUCAAGUCUUCGAUGGUGCAUCUAGAUAUUGAGAAUUAGAUAAUUAUAGCACAGAUGUGUCUCCCUUUCUUCCUCUUAAUGAAAUAAGGUUGGGUCCUCCUAUCUUUUCGUAGAAAUGUUGGUGUUAACACUAGAAUUCUUUGUACGUUUCCUUGCUUUGGAUUAAAUAUAUGUGAUGACUCGAGCUUGUAGGUCAAGCGCACAAAAUUUAGUCGUCUACAAUAUUUGAUCAGCCAUGGAGAGAGCAUGCAGGUCAUCAAGGAAAUCCAUUAGGCCAACUCCUCACGAGCCGUUAAACCAAGACAUUGGAAUUUCUCAUGUUAGGAACUGGUUGUAGGUUGAAGUAGGUCCGCUGGUUGGUGCAUCCAACUUUUCUAACUCCACUUGUCAUCAUCUCGCAAUGGUCUUCACAUAAAAUCUCAUCCCCAGCAAAGUACAAACGAUCUCACCAAUUUUACCUGCUUCCCACCUCUCAGAACUCCCAAGAGUCUCAACUGCUCAGGUUCUCAUCAUAAUCCUAAUAGCACUCUGGUAGUUCUCCUGCACACAUUUAAAUUGAACCAGUCCCUUCCAAAGCCUAUCAAACUUGCCUUUUAACCAGAACCUGGUUCCUGUAGAAGCCAUUGCGAUGGAGCAAAAGAAUGUGAAGCUAGCCAUGGCCAUGGCUUGGUUAGUAGUCUUCGGUCUUGCAAACAAGAGAUGUUCCUGCGCAGUCGUGCAGUUCAUCUUUGGAGACUCCUUGUCUGAUAACGGGAACAACAAUUACCUAACCAAGAGCUUGGCUCGGGCAGCACUGCCGUGGUAUGGGAUCGACUUUGGGAGUGGACUGCCAAACGGGAGAUUCUGCAAUGGUCGCACUGUUGCUGACAUAGUGGGAGACAAGAUGGGCCUCCCAAGGCCACCAGCAUUUCUAGACCCCUCCCUAGAUGAGGAUAUGAUACUUGAGAACGGAGUGAAUUAUGCAUCUGGUGGUGGUGGAAUUCUGAAUGAAACCUCUUCAUUGUUUAUACAGAGGUUCUCCCUCUACAAGCAAAUUGAACUGUUCCAAGGAACCCAAGAGCUGAUAAGGAUGAAGAUUGGUCGUGAGGCUGCCGACGAAUUCUUCAGAGAAGCUCGUUAUGUGGUCGCACUGGGAAGCAAUGACUUCAUCAACAACUACCUCCUCCCUUUGUACAGUGACUCAUGGACCUACAAUGGAGAAACCUUCGUUAGCUACCUCAUAAGUACACUGGACGCACAGCUCAGACUCUUGCAUAAGUUAGGGGCUCGGCAGCUGACGUUCUUCGGCCUGGGACCUAUGGGCUGCAUUCCCUUGCAGCGAUUCAUGACUUCCUCGGGGGGUUGUCAGAAGUCGACGAACAAACUCGCUAUGGCCUUCAACAAGCAAGCAACCCAGGUCUUAGAGAACAUAUCAAGCAGCCUUCCUAAUGCGACCUUCAGAUUUGGAGAUGCAUAUGAUUUUUUCCAGGAUCUCAUCGAUCGGCCUCACAUGUAUGGUGAGUCCACCUUGCAGGCUUUUUGUGGGCACAGAUUAUGUUGUUUGGCUUCUGCUUUCUUCUUCCUUUUUGGUUUCGGUGAUCACUCUGUUUGGAUGAUGGCAGGCUUUAACAACUCGGCUGGCCCAUGUUGCUCCUUGGGACGGAUUCGACCUACUCUCACUUGCACUCCUUUAUCAACUCUGUGCAAAGACAGAAGCGAGUAUGUGUUUUGGGAUGAGUAUCACCCGACAGACAGGGCUAAUGAGUUGAUCGCAAAUGAGAUCUUUAGAAAGCUUGGGUAUAAGACAAUUAAUGAAACAGGGCCCACCAAUGGAACAGUGCCAACCAAUGGAACAGUGCCAACCAAUGGAACAGUGCCAACCAAUGGAACAGGGCCCACCAAUGGAACAAUGCCAACCAAUGGAACAACGCCAACCAAUUAGUUAUAUCUGCUUAAUGCUUGCUCCUUAUGUAACUUUUGCCAUUGUAGCAAAGCAGCUGUUGUAAUUACUAGAAAAUUUUCAUAUCAUACAAAGGUUUCUUGUCUUCCUUUCCUUUU